UCCGCCUGUCACGCGGAAGACCGGGGUUCAAUUCCCCGUCUGUUUCAUCUUGGCUAGAUGGCUGACGGUUUAAAAAUUCCAGGCACCGAUUACGUCAUAAUGUAUGCACCUGGGUAUCAAUUUUUACGUCAACUAAACAUCAUCGAUCUCGAUAAAGAGGCCAGACAAACUUUAAAUAGCGUCAAACGAUAUAAACCGAGUACAACGCUCGAAAUCGGAGAGAGACCUCUAGCCGAAGAUCUUCCGAAAGAGCUGUACAUUGCCGUCUUUGGAGGAGUUGGCUCCGGAAAAUCCUGUCUGAUUAACUCACUCAAAUAUGUACUGGGCUACGAUCUUAAGAGACCUUAUGAAGAUAUAACUGGUGAACGAACGGGAGUAUGUAGCACCACGGAUGGCGGGAAAACCAGAGGGUUUCUGAAAGUUUUUCUGACGGAUCAAAUUGCGGUAUUCGACAAUCGAGGCAUGCCGGAUUUUGACGAGGCCACCGUCGCCGUAGUUGCUACACAAUUACGUGGACUGCGUGAAAACAGUGAUAACGUCAAUUGGAAUAGGAAUGUCGUGGAGAAGAUAUUCGACGCAAAAGAGAUGGCGUUAAAGGACACGAAAGACUGUCAGAUUCACAUUGCUCUGCUUGUUGUCAGCGCUUCAGAUCGUACACUUCGUGUGAAAGAGAUGGAGGACUUUGCGAAACGAAUUAAGAUAGCUACAAGUGAAUUCCCAAUUGCUGUAAUCACCCACAUUGACGAAGCAAAGGAGCAUCGCGUGGAAGAGAUUGUUAGUGACCUCGAGGACAUCGGCAUCCAGUUCAUCUUCCCGAUGCGUAACUACACCAUUCGCGACCAUGACGUUGAUCCAGAAACACACAAGGUCAUGCUAAAUCUGCUACAAUGCUGCACAAGACAGGGUGACAAGGUGAUGAAGAAUCGACCGGAAGCCGAGUGCCGAAUCCUGUAGCAAUCCUAAUGGUGACGUCAUAGUCUUAACAGAUUUUGGGAUUGAAGAUAAUGAUUAAUGGUUUAUAUAAUAACAUUUCUGCAAUGGACUAUUCUUUAGUUCCUGUCAUUGCUAUUAUUUUUAUUCUUAUCUUGUCUUAUUAUUUAUUUAUUUAUAUUUUUAUCAGCAUCUUUGUAAUUGUUAUUCUUUAUUGUUAGCUAGUUAAUCAUUACUCCUCCGUUUAUAUUAUUGUUGUUUUAUUACUAAUUACUCUUACGGUGAUAGCAUGAUAAUAGCAAUUUCUGAUAGUGUAUUCUGUUAGCAUUAGCGUAUUUAUAUACAUUAGAAAAAGAAAAUUUCAAAUUUCCAUAAAUUGUUGAUAUGGUAUCAACAAGAAUAAUAAGAAGAUACAUUCAUUAUGUAUUCACUUUAAAAAACAUAAAUAUAGCAGAUUACCUUUACCUUUUUAUUUCAUUAUUGAAAUAAAAGAGAUAGACAGGCACCAUGUAUCACCUAACAUCUUCUAGGCCUACUUGUAACUAUAAAAGCCAGGAUACGGAGGGGGAAAAUGGUAUGUUGUAAGACACAAAAAGCAUAUUUGACGAAAAACUCAGGAGAGGCUAAUGAGGUACAGAUUUUUGAAUAUUUAAAAACUGGGGGAAAAGGUAGAAAAAAUGGUGGUCAGGCCCCCUUUCCCCCAGUUUUUAAAUAUUAAAAAAUCUGUAUCUCAUUAAUCGCUUCCGAGUUUUCUCGUCAAAAAUGCUUUUUGUGUCUCAGAAAAAUCAGUUGUACAACAUAUCAAAACAUUUUGGCUUUAAUGUAUGUUUUAAAUAAAAGACUGUAACUUCUAUCUACAUUAUUUAAUUUAUUUCAUUUGACUUAAAUGGCUUUUAGAUUUAGUUAUAGAGUAUGUUAUACAGAAGAGAAGCUUAUGUAACCCUUUUUAAUCAAUAAACUUUAUUUGGGCUGUUAAAUAAUAAUCCCUUUCAGUUGGACUCAUCAAUUAUUAUUAGUCUUUAAUAUUAGAUUAGCGAAACAAAUGAACUUUAGUCAGUGUGUCAUACUUAUUAUUUAUUAUAUUGUUUAUUUAAUAGAAAUGGUUUGGUUUAUUGAUCAACAAAAUAGUACUUGAAAUAGGAUGCGAUGUAUAUUUGGGAAUGCUAGAAUUAAGUACAUAUUUCCAGUUCUAUUUUCUGACUUUAAUUAAAUGAUAAGAAAACAA